AUGACUUCACAACAACAAGAUUCAUCCCUUUCAGGUCAACACGUGGUCCCUGGAACAAGAAUUGCUCAGACCGAUAAUUAUCGGCCAGGAAAAGGAACAUAUGUGAGAGAUAACCGGAUACAUGCAAGCCUUGUUGGACGAGUGUAUAUAUCAAAAGAGAAUAUGAUGGAUGAACAAGAACACUCCGGAACGCUACCCUCACCAAUGAGCAAAAGUUUUUCAUCAAAAGACGUUUCGGAUUUACCUUUUAUUCAUGUUAUUCAAGAAAACAAACAUGAAACAAUUGUUCCGAAUAUUGGAUCUAUUGUCAUUGCAAAAGUGAUUAAAACGACAAAAGCCUUUGCCAAAGUGGAUAUUUUGUGUGUGGAUGGAAAGCCAGUCAUCAAGUCAGGUUCAGCGAUCAGCGGACUGCUCCGAGUGCAAGAUAUUCGAGCAACAGAAGUGGACAAAGUAAUUUUAUACGAUUGUUUGAGGCCCGGAGAUGUCAUCAAAGCAGAAGUCAUUUCGUUAGGUGACUCCAGAAGUUAUUACAUAUCUACAGCCAGAAAUGAAUUGGGAGUAGUUUAUGCUACGAGUAGUUUUGGAUUUCCAAUGAUUCCAGUUGACUGGACGACCAUGGUAUGCACAAAAACAAAUGCAAAGGAAUCACGAAAAGUGGCCAAGAUCAUGUAA